AAAUGAAUAGCAUGUUAUGUUAUGAGUGACACUAACAGGUUAUGUUUAAACUUUAGCGGCUAGCUGGCUGCUCGGGCAUGCGAGUAGGUGUGGCGAGCACGCAGAGAGGUUCAGUGGGUGUCCGCGUGCGCUACAUUGUACACCGUGUUCUAUUAAAUGUGGCGGGCUUCGUUAGUGCAAAUAUCUCACGUCACUUUCGGGACAUUUGCCAGCAGAAAUGUGCGUUGCAGUGUUACAGGAACUGUCCAGUUUUGAAGUGGUCAAGAGACAAACUUGAGCAACUUUAAAGGCUUGUGAACACAGUCAUUUGGUCGUGCAUGUCCCUGAGAGCCUGACAUUUCUCUUAAAUGGCUGCCUCUGGCUCCUCCACCACAGUGCCUGAAGGAUUUCACUAUGAGACCAAGUAUGUCAUUCUCAGCUACCUCAGCCUGCCCCCGCCAUUAAGAUCAAGAUCCUCAGAGACAGCGGAGGGAGAGAGCCAUUCUACACAGGAAGUGGAAAGAGAGCGGAAUAGUAGCCUGAAGAAACAGAUUGAGAAUGAAAUGAAGCAGCUGGAAGAGGAAAUUGCGGCCUCUUUUUCCAGGACUGGUUUUGAUCAGCUCAUAUCCCCAGUGUUCAGUCCAGCCAAUCCAGAAAGCUCCAUAGAAGACAGCCUGGCAGUGCUGGGGGACCGCGUCUCACGGGACCUGGACACACACCUGUCCUCCGCCACUCACACGCUUCUGAGCAGUGAUUUGGACUUUGAGCACUUCAGAGCAGCGGUGGAGGAGGUAUCUUCUCAUGCUCAAGGAGGAUGGAGCAAGGUGUUGGUACCCUUAGUAUUGUUACAAGCCCUACAGAAUGAGGGGCAGCCACUGGAGGCACUGCUACACCAUGGUUUGCGUUACCUUGAGGAAUCGCAAUCAGACUUCAUCAUUCAGCAGGGAGGAUGGGGCACUGUGUUCAGCCUGGAUGAAGCUGAGGACCCUGGCGUGAUCAUAGCCGAGGACAGUAACGACAUCUACAUCCUGUCAGGUGAACAGGCCUCGGAUCAGCUGAGCCCUCCUGCUUCACUACUGACUCUUGGAGAUAGCAGUGGGCCAGCUUCCUGGCAGACAGAGAGUCUUCCUGUGUCUCUGACAGGGCACGAGUCUUGGGCGCAGGUUGGCAUGAUGGACCCAGAAGACUCCAAGAGUCUGGACAGCGCCGAGGGAGUGGCGUUAGUUGAGGAGCAAAGCGAGAACAACUCCUCGAACUCUGACAUUGUCCAUGUGGAGCGUGAAGAUGCCGAACUGCUUGAAGAAGGUGGGGAGACGGUAGAGGAAGGGGAGCUGCAGAGUAGCAUACUUAGCGUGCUGGGCAGUGAGAGUGAACUCGCUGCUGUCCGAGAAGAAGCACCAACCGCAGAGUCUGUGCAAACUGCAACUGAGCCGAUUGUGGAACCAACCGUGAUGGAGAUGCCUCCACCUCCAGCCUUAGUAGAGCUAGAGCACCCAGCCGCCCCUGCUGCUGCUACCACCUCGUUCCCCGUGCCUGAGCCUGAGAUUCAAUCUCAGCCUGUUCCAGCUCCUGUGGAGCCACAAUCAUCACCCUCACCUGAUCUAGAGCUGGAAGUGGUCCAAGCAACCCUGGAGCAGGAGAUACUUCCAGAGGUUGAUCUGAAGGCCUUCUCCCUGGCCCACGACCUCCCUGUCCCGACCCCUCCUGAGGUGCAGACAAAGUCAGUGCCACAGCCUGAGACCUCUGACCUCCCCGUGCUGCUAUACGGUGGUGCUGCCCUGGUGGCCAUCGCUGCAGUAUUGGCUUUUGGAGCGCUGGCCUACAGGAAGAAGUAGAGAGUCUGUGACUGUCCAUGACCUCACUGUAUCUCUUGCCCUAAUGGAAGCCCUGUGGGUCACAGUGCUGCCACAAGCAGUACUUUAUGGGAAAAGUACUCCUCUUAUGUGUCAUUACAUUUUAUUUUAUUCUCAUUGCUUUUAUUUGUUGGCUUAGUUCUUUAAACCAGCUUUAUGACUGGAGAGGAACUUGCAGGUGCAAAGUCGGGUUUCUUUUGUGCUGUAUUAAGGCCUAUUCACACUGCACAGACAAAUGCCUACAAACUUGUUUGUACAUGUUUGUUGGGUUUUGUGUGAUCAGUGUGUUACCCCUGUCGGUGUUGGUCGGGGUUUGUUUUCACCCGAGUGAACAUGUUCAAUCAGUGUUUGUCGGUGUCUGUUGGGGCAGUGUGAACACGAGUUAUUUUUCAUAAAAUUCUAAAUCCAACGGCCAACUUGUUUGUUGGUGUUUGUCUGUGCGGUGUGAAUUGGCCUUUAGUGAACAUAGUAGUGAUCUGUUCACUAGGCUGUGACCAAGGUUCCUGGUUUCAAAAGGAACCUUAAGGCUUCUGAUUCAGAGGAAGUAAGUUAAUUUUUGUUAGUGAAGCAUGUUUAUUUUCAUAUAUAAAUAUUUGAUUUAAUGAAAUAGUUUGAUUUUAAAACAAGUUUGUGUGAGUGCAUGGUUAUGAUUUUACCUUAUCAGAAAUGAAAUAUUAAAGUGCUAAACUUUAUGGGCUGUGCUCUUCAGAUGGAUUGUGUGACUGAUAUUCUCCCAAAAUAUAUCAGUACUUAUACAAAAUUACUCGCAACAACCAAAAGCAAAGUCUCCACGCAUCCUUGAUUCAUUUAGACAUUCAUAUUAACCAUCUUUAAUGUAUAUUUGCUUUUGUG